GUUGGUUGCAGUUUGCUCACAUGCAGACUCACACGUCCGUGUUUAUUCGGUAACAAACGAUCGAGCAAAACAGUCUCGUCUCAAAUUUAAUCCCACGGAUCAAGUGUAACUGCUAUAAGCACAUAUUCGCAAAAUUUGCUCAAAACGCACCAAUACCAUCUACCAACCAACAUCAGCCACGCGUAUCAGGUGUCGUUGGUGUUUCAAGUGGUGCAUUCUUUUGUGGGCGUGUACCCAUUAUAUUCGCAAAAAAAAUCGCACGAUCACCGUAUCUCAGCGACGAAGUCUCUCCUGAGGGAAUUCGAGCUCGCGUUUUCCCACUAUCCCCAUCACCAUCGAUCGGUGUCGCCCGACUUUGCGAACUUGACUCUGAUUCGCAGCGCGCAGAGAUAACCACCGUAGUACAAGUGCGCACUGCUAUAGGCCAACCGCGGGCAGCCACUACACCACUACCUACAAGGAAUCUUUUUGCACAGGCCGGCCCCGACCAGGAGAAUAAUCCUUCCAGAACUAAUAAAAAGUGACCCGUCCAUAGGCGGUUCAUCAGUUACCGUGUAGCUCCCAGUGCGGUAAGGUGCCUCCGAUCAGCGUGUUUGUAUAGUGAAAGAGAAGAUCAGUGAACUUGAACUUGUGUUUUGUAUUCAACGCUUCGAACGCACAGUGCUGUUUUAAAUUCCAUAUUUGUGACCGGUGUUUUUAAUUUCGCGAAUCCAUUCAAAAUGAUCAAGAGCGUGGAAAGGGCACAGAUGCUGAAGCAGUUGAGCCGGCUAUUGCUGGCGUCCAACGGCGCGGCGUCCCAGAUGCACAACAUGCCGGCUAAAUGCAGAGUGGUGGCCGGUAUGCAGAAACGCCUCUCGUCGUCGUUCGCCAAUCCCAAUGUCAAGAUGUCCUCCACUGCGACGGCCACCAAGGUCAAGCAGCAGAACGCCACCGCAUCUCAGGAGGUGUUCGACCGAGAGGACAAAUUUGGCGCUCACAACUACCAUCCGUUGCCGGUGGCGCUGGCACGUGGCGAAGGAGUCUACGUGUGGGACGUGGAAGGCAAACGCUACUACGACUUCCUUAGCGCUUACUCCGCGGUCAACCAGGGACACUGCCACCCCAAGAUCGUACAGGCCCUGACCGAGCAGGCCAAGGUGUUGGCCUUGACCUCCAGAGCUUUCUACUCGAACGUCCUCGGUGAAUAUGAGGAAUUCGUCACCGACUUGUUCGGUUACGACAAAGUGCUUCCGAUGAACACCGGCGUCGAGGGAGGAGAAACCGCAUGCAAACUAGCUCGCAAGUGGGCCUACAAGGUCAAGAAGGUUCCGGAGAACAAGGCCAAGAUCAUCUUCGCCGAAGGUAACUUCUGGGGACGCACGUUGGCUGCCGUGUCUUCGUCGAACGACCCCUCGAGCUACGAAGGCUUCGGACCGUUCAUGCCAGGAUUCGAGCUUGUCCCGUACAACGAUACCGUUGCGUUGGAAAAGGCAUUCCAGGACCCGAACGUGUGUGCCUUUAUGGUUGAACCGAUUCAGGGCGAAGCCGGAGUGGUCGUUCCGGACGAAGGUUAUCUCAAGAAGGUUCGGGAAUUGUGUACCAAGUACAAUGUUCUCUUCAUUGCCGAUGAAGUCCAGACGGGUCUUGCCCGUACUGGUCGCAUGCUGGCAAUCGACCACGAGGACGUCAAGCCCGACAUUUUGAUCCUGGGCAAAGCGUUGUCCGGAGGAUUGUACCCCGUGUCGGCUGUGUUGGCGAACGACGACGUCAUGCUGUGCAUCAAGCCCGGUGAGCACGGAUCGACCUACGGUGGAAACCCCCUGGGCUGCAAGGUAGCCAUGGCUGCCCUCAAUGUCCUCGUUGAUGAAAAACUCGCGGAGAACGCUGAUCGCAUGGGGCGCAAACUGCGCAAAUCUCUUUCCGAACUUCCACAAGACGUUGUCUCGGUUGUACGAGGAAAAGGUCUGCUGAACGCUAUUGUCAUCAACGCUAAAUUCGACGCCUGGGAGGUUUGUCUGAGGUUGAAAGAAAAUGGAUUGAUUGCUAAGCCAACCCAUGGCGAUAUUAUCCGCUUUGCGCCUCCGUUGACCAUCAACGAGGAGCAGAUGGACGACUGCCUGAGAAUCAUCAAAACGACGAUCAUGUCGUUUGCAAACAAACAGUAAUUAGAGGACGAAGAGGAAGAGAAGAUUUCUCGUUUAGAUUGUAAGCACACAUGCAUUUGGAUAUAAGUUUACGAAUUUCAGUUGUUUUGUAAGCAUUAAUAAAGUAUUUUCUUAUUUACCUGACCAUUCUAAA